UGUGUACAUUUCACGGCUAAAAUUAUUCUCCUUUUAUUUUUCUCAAUGAGUUUGGGAGGGGUGGAAUGCGUGCGUACGUUUUAAGACGGACUUAUGUAAAACGUAUAUUUAUAAUUUUUCGUUAAGUGCUAUAACAAAAAUGUGUACAGUGUUUUUUGUAAACUAUUACAGCGGUGUAAUAUACGCGUGUUGAAUUUUUUCUAGUGAGUGUCGCUAAUCAUGCAAAAUGGCCAACGAUUUGUGGUCAUGUUCCUGUUGUACAGAGGCUCUGACAUGUUGGCUGCGCCUAAAGCUAUCUCCAGAGGAGAUAGAGCAGCGGUACAGAAGCAAAGAGAUCGACAGAAUACUUGAGAAAGACAAACAAACACUUCGGCGACAGGUCAAACUUUUGCUACUUGGUGCGGGUGAAAGCGGAAAAUCGACAUUCCUGAAACAGAUGAAAAUAAUACAUAAAGUAAAGUUUGAGCCGGAACUAGUGCGCGAGUAUCAGCACGUGAUAUAUCAGAACAUUGUUAAGGGCAUUCAAGUGUUAGUUGAUGCAAGGGAUAAGCUUGCUAUUCCUUGGGAAAACCCGCGGAAUUUGGACAUUGGUCAGCAGGCACUGUACUUUAACAGUUCAGUAUCACUUGACAGCCGACUGUUCAUGCAUUAUGCACCUCAUAUACAUUCCCUGUGGUUAGACAGGGCCAUAAAGAGAGCCUAUGAUAGACGGAGAGAAUUUCAAUUGAGCGACUCAGUAAGUUACUUCUUUGACGAGCUGGAGAGGAUCGCGCGCUCUGACUACAUCCCCUCCCAUCAGGAUAUUCUGCACUGUCGGAAAGCCACAAAGGGAAUAACAGAAUGUCCCAUCCUCAUUAACAACGUGCCAUUUGUCUUCGUCGACGUCGGCGGUCAGAGGACGCAGCGACAGAAGUGGACACAAUGUUUCGACUCUGUAACAUCGAUACUAUUUCUAGUAUCGUCGUCCGAGUUUGAUCAAGUUCUGUCUGAAGACAGAAAAACAAAUCGUCUCGAAGAGUCGCUGAAUAUCUUCGACACCAUCGUGAACAACGUUAACUUCAAAGGUAUCUCCAUCAUUCUCUUCCUCAACAAGUCAGAUCUGCUUGCGCGGAAGGUCGCGAGUAAAGAAACGGAUAUCCGCUGGUAUUUCCCGCACUAUACGGGUGACCCACACAACGCACGGGAAGUCCAAAUGUUCAUACUAAACAUGUUCGCAAAUGUCCGAAGGGAACCAAAGACAACACUCUAUCACCACUUCACGACUGCCAUAGACACGCACAAUAUAGAAGUCGUCUUUAACUCCGUCAAAGACACGAUAUUAAAUCGAAAUCUAGAAUCGUUGAUGUUACAGUGAAGUAACAUUUAUUGUAGACUAUAUGUGAUACGAAUGACUGAUGCGAUUUUUUUCAGGUUUACUUUUGAAACUGGACAAGUGAAAAUCGUAUUUGGAAUUCUCAAUUUGUUUCAUUUAUAGUUUCUACGUGCACUCAGUUGUACAACUAAAGUUUCCCAAUAAUAAAGUAGCUUUACCCCUUAUUCAUAAAUCUAUUAAAAAUAAAUAAACUAAAUCUACACGUCCCUUAUCGUCAAAUUGUUUAUUCGCUUUGAUGAAAAGGGACAGAUUAUUUCCUUUAAAACGAUGCAAUUAUACUAACUUAGUUUUUAUGAAUAAGGUGGUUAACCUAGAACAAUAAUUGUCAGCUUUCGAUAGGCCCAUUCCAAAUGUACCUGAAAUGACAAUCUGAUUUUAUGUCAAAGUCCAUAGAUAAUAGUUUGACAGUUCUUAAAAAAAUUGUCUAUGAGUUUUUCAAUACUUGUCCAAAUGAGGUUUCAAGAUUAGACCAGUUGUUUGUUUAAUCUGUUGUAUCUAGAGUAAAAGACAAAGUACGAGGCAAAGGCCUACAAUUGUAGUGUGCUGUAUAGUAUAUCAUAUUGUAAUGAUAAAUUUGUAUAUCAGUAUAUUUAUGACCAAAAAUAGAUUUUGCACUUGAUUAUAACAAUUUUGGAUAAAUUUAUAUAUAUGCGCUUUGUACACGUUUUAAAGGUUGAAAGGUAAAUUGUCUCUGGCAUUGAAAUAUAGAAAGAGAUAGAGCUUGUGAAGCGAGAUAAUUGUAGGUGAUUUCAGCAUUUACUAUUUACCUUAGAACUGCCAUUUGAGAAUAUCUAAGUACUGUGCCAAGGUGUAAUAAGAAAAUCAGCUUAUUGGGGAUGUGUUGAGAAUGUAUAAUCAUGCUUAAUAAAAAAAAAACAGUAGAAUUUGCAUGGUUUCAAUUUUCUAAGUGUAGUCCAAAUAUUGUAAUCAAAAUUGCAUGAUUUUAAUCAAGGCUCGUAUUUUAAAACAUUCUUGUCUUGAGCGCUGUCAAAUGCCAGAAGCAUUAAUAAUACAAAUUAAUUCAGUGAAUAUCGUCUCUUUCACUCCAAUAGUGUUUACCAUGUGAUGAAAAGAGAGAGAUGACUACUAAAAACUGUGUAUGUUGUGUGUUGUGUACACUGACUAAUUUUGUGUGAAAACAAAGUUAAUAUAGAAAACUGUUUGGCAGAUCUUGAGACUAGAUUUUAGUUUUAGAGUACGGACUUAUGAUUGUUUAAAAAUCUCAUAGAUCAAAAUAGCCGUAUUUUUAAGAUGAGGUCGGAAUGCAGACAUGUGUCAAAAACCCAGCUGACGUUCACAUAUACUAUUGCUCAUACACAAUAUUAGCAAGACUUGUAUCCCAUUAGGGGAGUAAAGAUAGAAUAGUCUGUGAUCGGAAUUUGAUUAAGGCUGUAAACAGCAACGAACGUUGUAUGGGCACCAAAUUAGAUUAGAAAUACUUUAAACACGCGGGUCCUAAUGUAAUCCAAAAUAGAAUCCAUGUUUUGACAGAUUAAAAAUGUUGAUUUUUAUUCUAUAUUUACGUUAGCUUUACGUUCGCGAUGUAAUUUCUACGUGCCACGCCACCAUGCCACAGUAUAAGUGGAAGCUAAUUCUCAUGUCAAAGUUUGAUCACCAUUUGACAAAUUUGGGGAAGAAUAAUUGGCAUUUAAAUUUUUAUCUAUGAAUUAAUAUUCAAUAAGUUGAAAACAACCUCUCACAAAGUCAUAUUUUUUAUGAGUGACUUAGCACUUAAACUUGUUCAAUGUAAAAUCCGAAUUAUAAUUAAACUGAAUCAAAUCAUGUUAACUUUGACAGUCUCAAUUGACAUUUCCCGGCAAGGGUGACCCGGGAUUGGUAUAUGGAAGUGGCAUUAGUUGUUUGAUCUCGUGACCGUGUAGGCUUAAGACAAAAUCCCUCGGCGUUAGUGGGUCACGACUGUUGAAAAGUGAAUUUGUCUCGAGCCCAUUAUUUGCACAACGAUACCGUGUCAUGCCUACCGCUUAAUCCUUUUGUCUACGGCCCAUUGGCAUAACGUUUAUCACAUGAGAUGGAAUUCUUAAUUCAAAUGUGUCAAAUUGACAUUUUACAAUCAACAUUUUUAGGACGUCAAAAUUGUUAAAUUAAAUAUAAAUUGCUCAGUAGUAGUUUUGCAUGGAAUUAACAGUGCUUUCGAAAAACAUUUUUUAGACUUUUAUACCAUUUUUAAAAUGUAGUUGAAUUAGAUGUAUGAUGUAGUAUUGUACUUUUUAAACAUCAAUAUUACAGAAUUGUUUGAAUGGGAUAUCUCGAAUCAUAAUGAAUUUAAAUGAAUACUCCGGCGUUAUCAUUUUUUCUCUACUUUACAAAAUGAAUUGUUUUCUCUUCUUCUGAUAUUUUUUCUUCAUUUUUUGAUUUAUUAGAAAAAAUACUUAUGGAACUUAUAAUAUGUAAAAUUUACGGUUUUGUUUAUAAUGAAAUAAUGAUAAUGUUAGAGAUGUUUAAAUAAAUAAUAUCAUCAUACAAAUUCCGUCCCUUCGCACAGAUGUAACAUGUAAUCUCAAAGCUUUUUAUAUUUUUUACGGUUUUAGCAAAGGGCACAAACUAUGGCAACUCAACUGAUAAUCAAAAUUUUUUGUUCUUGUCUCUCAUAUUGUGUAUGAAAGAGCAAGCAACACAAACUGGAUUUUUUUUUAGACCUUUACCAUCUUUUUUAUUGUUCGUCUGAUCUAUAGUCAGUCUAUGCAUAUAAUUUAAAUAAAAUUGGUUGUUUCACAAGUAAAGCCUAAAAUUUGUUCCGGUAAUUUUGAUUAUCAAUUGUGUAUCCUGUCAGAAUCUUGAUUUUAAGUACAUAAAUCAUAAUAAUUAUACUCAUUUAGUGAAUAGUUUUCAUAAGCUUUAGUAUUUUUAUUUUGUGUUAAGUUGGGUACAAUCAUUGUGGUUAGAUAUAGUUUCUAUUUAUUGUGUAAAUUUUUAUAUAGAUUUUUUUUAUUCGAGGCUAUUAUGUAAAUACCUCUUAAUAAAUUUCUUUAUUUUUAGAUGGUAUCAAUUUUGCGGCCCGAUUUUGGUGGGGGUUAAGUGAUAAUCUUGCAUUUAAAGUGCCAUUCUUCAAUGGCACACUGGAAUACAGUGUGACCAAUACCUAACGUCCGUAGAAAGAGCUGGAAGUAAACACGUACUUUACGGACAUUUUAUUGGACAUAGAACGAAUGAGGAACAAAUAAUUGCAACUGACAAUGAAAGGUCAAAAAUGGUUGUGUAAAACAAAUGACGAGUGAUCGCUCGUUGUUUUUUUAUUGAGACUCAUCUAAGAAAAAAAACAAAUUACCUUUUUUACAUAUUUUACUAUUCGAUUAAAGCUGAAAUAUUCAAUUUAAUCGUUGGCGCAAUACAUUAAUUUAUUUACAAUACAAAUGUUAGUUGAAAGACUAACGGUUGAAUUUUAAUAAUGAAAUAUACAAACUCAUAAAAAUAUAGUGGUUUCUUUAGCGAAACAUAUGGUAACAUUUAAUGUAAUAUGAUACACACAACACAAUUUCGAAUAACCAACAUUGUCAGUUGCUCACGUAACCAUUGAACAUAUUAAAAUGUGAUCUGUAUACAUAAAAUGUUAAAAAUCCCCCAAAGCAACGAUGAAAUCGUGAAUGGGUAUUUUAUAGUUAUUUAUUGCAGUACGAUGUUAUGAUUAAUAAACCCAAAUAUCAACCAAUACAAUAAAUUUAUAUGCGCGCCAUCUACAUUUAACUAGACAAAAACAGAAAAUCGUACUAAGGACAGGAAGUUUGCGUUACAAAUUGAUUUCAGUAAUGUCUUCCUGUUCUUACAGAGUUAUUUUGAAUAAUAAUUGAUUGAUGUAUGUAUUUUUGUGUGUCAAAUGUCAAAAUAAAAUAAUUUAAUCGGAGAGGUCAAUCUGCAAUAAAUGUCUUCAGUACCUGAGAGGUGAUUAUUUAUUAAGGAAUUAAAUUAUUUGUCUCAAAUGCUUUUUAUAGUGGGUUCCGGUUUGGAACUACAAUUUUAUUUUUCUUGUAAAGUAUGGUUCAUUUUUAAGGCAGCGAAUUCUACUUCCAAAAUUUAAAUGUCAUUUGGCCUUAAACGAGUUGAAAAAUAAAAUUAUGCCCUAUUAAUCAUUUUGGUAUUAGUAAAAACCUAUGUAAAAAUACUAUGUAAAUUAUAAAAGCUAGGAUACGCAACCUCCCGAGGCUGAUUGCUAAAUAAUUAUAUGUUACGAAUUUUAAGUAUGUUAGCGGUUUACACUCAUGUUAAUGUAUGCUAGUGUUGACAAUAUCUUUUGGAAUUCCUCUAUAUUUUGUAUACACCCCAAAUUUAAUGUACAGUGUAAUAAAUACCAUGCAUGAUUUAAA